GACGGGAGGACGGAACUGACCCGGGACAGGAUCGGAGCGAGUGAGGAGAGACGGAGGACGGGAGGACGGAACUGAGUGAGCGUGAAGAUACGGCCGUGGCCACGGCCGUAUCCACACACCCACGCGUGGGUGUGUGAGCUGAGACCGUGAGAGGCGAGAGGCCGUGCUUAUAUAAAUAACUCGGGGUAGAGGCAGUGGGGGAUGAGGACUAUGAAGAACUUGGAUAACAAUUAGGACAAAGUAGAGACGAGAUAGUAAGGAAGACAGACGGAGUGUGGGAAGUAUAGGACGAGCACGAAGUUGAGAAGGACGGAUAAUCGGGAUAAUGACGGAUAUAACUGUUUGACUAUCAAGAACAGAGAUAGUCAUGUGAGGAUUAAGUCGAGAAGAGUGUGACACCUGUCUGGGAAAACAGCGACGCCGGUGUCGAGUUAAAAAAUGCGGCCGCCGAUAGCCCCAUGUCCAACGAUGCCAAUCCGCCACUGGAAGGGCUGUGUCAGGUUGUUUGCAGCGGCGUUGGCAGUCUGCUGUGUCUUUCUCGUCAUAAAUCAAAAUGUUCCCAGGGCCAUUGACGGCGAGAGGAGUCGGGUGGCCUGUCGGCGGCUGUUCCGGCUCAGUCAGUCCCGGAUGUACUGGGAGAACCCGUCACAGGACUCGCCGACGUCCUGUCUCGGCUCCGGCCUGCCCCCCAAACAGUCCAUCCCGUGCCUGACGAGACUUCGCGAGCGGCGCGGCCGACCCGCGUACGUCAUGUUCAUAGGUGACUCUCGGGCGCGCAUUAUCUUCAUGAAGAUUCGUGAGACUCUGAAGCUGCUGUGGCGGCGUUACAUCCUGCACGAUACCUACCAGUCGUCCAAGAACGCCACGUUUUGGGAGCGCGGCCGGCGGCUGCGCUGUCCGCACGCCACGCCCAUGUUUCACGGCACCAAGUACCUCAGGUGGGUGUGUCACCUGGAGGUGCUCAGUGACCUAGUGCGCGCCUCCUUCUUCUGGGCGCCGUACGUCGGUGCCGGCUACGCCGAGCGGCUGGCCGUGGUCGAGGAGGACUGCCGUAGCGGCCGGCCCUGUCCCGACCUCAUCGUCAUGACGCUGGGGAUGUGGUACGCCAAGAUGGCCAUCGACCGGCCGCACCUCACCCGGCCGGAGCGGCCGCUGCACUUCCAGGCGGACCUGGAGAGCCUGGUGCCGGUGCUGCGUAACCUCUCGAUACACUCCCAGCUGGUGUACCGGGUCGAUGGGCCAGACUUUAUGGACGGGUACGGCAACAAGUCGGUGGUGAACGGCGCUAUCCUCACCAUCAACGCCAUGGCCACCGAGACUCUGCGCAAGGUGCCUGGUCUGCAGCUGUGGAGUUCCUCGCUGGCCGAGACGAUCCGGUUCCAGCACAGCGUCUGUCUGCAGCUGGCCGCUAUCCACACACCCGUGCUGGGCAGGCACCGGGACCAGUGUCUGGACGAGAACCACGUGGCCGAGACAGUGCGGCUGUCGGCGGCGGCGGCCAUCGUGCGGUACCUGUGCCGGGACACGGAGCCGCACCCGGCCGGUCACUGCUGUCUGACCUGACACGGAGCAGUACCCGACAGGUCACUGCUGUCUGACAUAGGGGACUGACACAGCUGGUACUGAGUACUGACACCAGAGACACGGAGCCGCACCCGGCCGGUCACUGCUGUCUGACCUGACACAGACCCGCCAGGUCACUGCUGUCUGACAUAGGGGACUGACACAGAGGCUGACACCAGCGAUACGGAGCCGCACCCGCCAGGUCACUGCACUGCAUGCACGGGUCUGAUACCCAGCGACACAGGAGAUUAACACAGAGGACUUACACAGGACUCUGACACAGGGUAUUGACACAAGUCUCUGACACAGGAUUGCGACACAGGACUCCGACACACGAAACUGACACCAACGGAUCGGCGGAUGACACCGAUGACGCCAGGGGUUGAGACUAUGCGGAGUGUCAAAAAAUAUCCCUACCAAAUGCGGAAUUAAUACAAAACAGUCCUAAUUCUGUG